AUGUUCCAGCAGGAGGGGCAGCAGCCGAUUCCCAUGUCAUUCUCAGAGGCUCGGGAGCUGGGCUACGUGUUCCACCUCACCCAGGGGAGACUGGUGUUCCGCUCACCCUACACACCACGGUCUGUCAUGGGGUCUGUCUCCAUGAUGAAGGGAUGUAUGAUGGGGCUGGUCUGGCAGACCCCCACUCUGCUGUCCCCGCUGGUCUCUGGCCUCUCUGGGUUGGAGAGCAUCAAUAUCUCAAUGGGGGUGGAUGGUCAGCUCCUGGAUGAGCCCAUCACAGCAGAGCGAGGCUACAGCCUGGAUAUAAGUGACACCACUGUCCAGAUCAGCAUCCCCUUCAAUGCUGCCGGAGGAUACAGAAAAAGCUUUGUGAUGGGCAACAUGUACCAUGAAUUCUAUGUGGUCCAUCUCUACUAUGAACAAAUCUUUCUUGAUGACUGUGGUGUGGAGACCAGACUCCGCCUCCACAGGCCCAUGAACACACCCCUUCUGAUCCAGCACCUCUCCAUCAUUAACCAAACAGUCCUUGAGGAUCGUGUGUUUACUGUUUACCUGGGGAACCUCUCCUACGAUGUUGACCUGGUGGCUGUGACGCUCAAUGGUCACAACUUCACCAUACUAGAGGCGACUUAAAGUGGCCUCGUCAUAACCAUGGUC